AUGACUCCUCUUAGUGUUGUCACUUUGUUAGGCUUAGUAAUUGAGUUUGUUGUGGGUAUUGUAGCAAAUGGAUUGAUAGUAGGUUUGAAUUGCAUUGCAUGGAUUAAAAGUAAAAAACUAGAUUCGUGUGCCUUAGUCCUGAUUAGCCUGGGGACCUCCAGAUUUUUCCUACUGUGUACACUAUUGGUUAAUAAUAUUUUCUUUAUAAUUCCUAAGAUGAAUAAUGAACAGUGCAAUACGUGGAGAGCUUUCUAUUUUAUCUGGAUGUAUCUGAGCACUCUCAGUCUCUGGUUUGCCACUUGGCUCGCUGUCUUCUACUGCGUGAAGAUCACCAGCUUCAACCAACACCUUUUCCUUUGGCUGAAGCUGAGAUUGUCAGGGCUACUUCCAUGGCUUAUUCUGGGCUCCUUGCUGGUCUCCUUGGCCACCUCUCUCCCUACAGUCAAUGCUAUACAUAUAGAUUACUUAAACAAUUCAAUUAAUAAUUUGUCCAGAAACAUCACAGUGGCAUGUAUAUAUGAGACUAACACAUCUCCUAGUUUCUUAAUUUUGACCAUGUUUGGACAUUACUCUCCUUUUGUUUUAUUUUUUGUUCCAUCUCUGUUGCUAGUCACUUCUCUGUUGAGACAUACAAAAAGAAUGGGAGAAAACAUGAGCACUUCCAGGGACACCAGUGCAGAGGCUCAUAUCAGAGCAAUUAAAGCUCUCCUCUCUUUCAUUGUCCUGUACAUUUUCUAUAUGGUGGCACAGGUAGUUACAUUGUCAAAGAAGUUCGCUGCCAGCAGCCCCUACCUUUUAUGGUUCUGUAUUAUGAUACUAGCUGGAUAUCCCUUGGUGCAUUCUGUUAUCCUGAUUCUCAGCAAUCCUAAACUGAAAGAGGCAGCACUAAAGGGCUUGCGCAAUGCCAGGUGUCUCCAGGAAGAUGAGAGUCAGUGA